AUGUUAAAACAAACAACAAAAAAAGAUAAAUCACACCUUGAAUUAAUGGAAACGGUUGGUGGUCAGAAGGAGAGAGCUGGGUUCAGAUCCGUUGCGCGAACGGAGGGUGGCCGCGAUCCACUCGCCGUUCAAGCGGACGGCUCAGUCGCGGCCAGCGGUGAUGCGUGUUCGGCGGCACGAUUGAGAUGCGUGGGCGGCCAGAAGUUUGGUGGUGGUGACAGUUACGGGGAAUGCAGUCGCGCGUGUGGAGACGAGUCAAUUGCUUCUCGAGAAAUCAAGAGCAACCGAAGCCACAAUUUGAGUAAUCAUACGGAAAAACUUCAGACUUUGAAGUCAUUUGGAAUUGAAAGGGACGGUGGAAAUUCGCACAGUUUAUAA